UUGGAAAUAAUAAAUAUGGAUGAAUUUUGUGAUAUGAUCAACACUUAUGGUGGAAGAGAUAAGGUAAUGAAAAUUUUGUGUUAUUCAGCCAAGUUAAUUUCUGGCGUACAAAUAAAAAACAAUCCAGAAAUGUCAAGAAAAUUUGCAAUAAUAAGCUCAAAAAUAUCAGGAGCUCGAGCGACAUUAAGACUGAUAGAUGAUGUUCCUACUUUACAAUAUAUCAUGGAAUAUGGAUUAGGAGAACACGAGCAUGAUAAAACCAUGGCAGCUUUAGGAGUUUUGAGCAAUAUUGUUGAUUUAUUUUAUUAUCCUGUAGAAAAAAUGUGUUGGUUAAUUGAACAUAAAGUUUUAAAUGUAAAAAAUCCAGAUAAAUGGGAUGUGAUAAGUUCGACUUUCUGGGUUUCAUCAAUUUGGUUAAAUUUAGUAAGAACAUUACGAAAUAUUUCAAAUAUGGAGGACCAUUUCAUAUGCAUGAAAAAAAAUGAUAAAAAUGCAGAGGAAUUACUGGAAAAGUUUAUGAUAAAACAAAAAAUGGAAAUUCUUUCUGCUCUUAGAUUAUCGUUAGAUUUUACGUAUGCUGUAAAUACAUUACCGAAGGGCUAUUUAUGGGGAGGAAAAUUAGAAGUUUGGCAAGCUGGUUUAAUAGGAACUUUAUCAUCCGUAAUAGGAAUUUAUCAGUAUAUAAAGAAGAAAAAAAUGCCUUAAAAGUGUUUUUGCUUAAAAGUUUACUUA